GCCCUGGAAGCCCGACCCGGGGCAGGCGGGCGGAGGGCGGCCGGGGCCGGGCCCGGCGCUGCCGCUGACCCUCAGCGUGCUGGCCUGGCUGGGCACCGGCACCACCAUGGCCGGCCUCAACAAGUGGAUCUUCGCGGCGCACGGGUUCCGCUACCCGCUGCUGCUCUCGGCGCUGCACAUGCUGUCCGGCGUGGCCGUGGGCUACCCGCUGGGCUGGGCGCGGGCCCCCGGCCCCCGGCCCCGCGCCCGGAUCUACCUGCUCAGCCUCACCUUCUGCAGCAGCGUGGCCCUGGGCAACCUGGGCCUGAGCUACGUGCAGCUGGACGUGGCCCAGGCCGUGGCCACCACCACGCCGCUGGUGACGCUGCUGCUGGGGCUGCUGGGGGGCCGGCGGCCGCACCCGCUGCAGUUCUGGGCCAUGGGGCCGGUGUGUGCCGGGGCCGCCUGCAGCAUCGCCGGCGGCCUCUGCUUCUCCCAGCCCGGCUGCGGCUUCCUCCUGGCCGCCACCGUGCUCCGCGCCCUCAAGUCCAUCCAGCAGAGUGUGCUGCUGCAGGAGGACCGUCUGGACGCGCUGUCCCUGCUUGGCCUGACGUCCCUGCCCAGCUUCGUGCUGCUCUUCGGGGCGGCCGUGGCGCUGGAGCUGGGCCCGUCCUGGCAGGGCGUCCUCCGCCCCGACGCCGCGCUCUGGGGCUGCGUCCUGCUCAGCUGCCUGGGCUCCGUCCUCUACAACCUGGCCACCUCCUGCCUCCUGUCGCUCACCUCGGCGCUCACGCUGCACCUCCUGGGCAGCCUCACCGUGGUGGGCAACCUGCUGCUGUCGUGGCUGCUGUUCGGCACGCGGCUGGGCACGCUGGGCUACGCCGGCGUGGCGCUGACGCUGGCAGGGAUGGUGCUGUACCACCAGCCCCGGCUCCUGGCCGCCUGCUGGGGCCUGCGUGGGCUGCGGCAGCACCCGCGCCACGAGUAGGGACCCGCGGGGGGAUCGGGGCCAGGAGGGCUCCGGGGGAGCGCUGUGCACCCGUGUGCCAGUGUGUGUGACUGUGCACGGGUGUGCCAGUGUGUGUGACUGUGCACGCGUGUGCCAGUGUGUGUGACUGUGCACAUGCAUGUGCCAGUGUGUGUGACUGUGCACAC